CGAUCACGACGGCGGCGGGGCUGGUGAGCGGACCCGCGGGGUGCGUGCGGCAGGCGUGCGGCCGCCUGCUGCGGGAAACUGGGCGACUGCAGCGGCUGGCCGUCCCCCCCGCAGGGUCACCUGGGGCGACCGUGAGGUGGUGAGACGGCUCCUCUGCACCGCGGAACAGAGCCCAGCGUGGAGGUGGUGCGGCCGCGUCCCUGCCACGUCCCAGUGACUGCAGGCUUACUCACUGGGCUUCCCCGGGAACUUUCCCGCCCUCGCGGCCGGGCCGCGGAGGGUCUCACUAAGCUUUCGGUCCGGCACCUGGUGUGGGGGACGGGACCUGCCACUUCAGGGUCAGGGUCUUCACCGGCUUUUUCUGAUUUGAGGCGGAGUUGGAAGGAGACUGUUUUUCUCCCCCACGUGUUUUAGAUGUCUGGUGACUUUGUCCCCAGAUGCUGAGGUGCCUGAAUCCCUGGCGCAGGCCACUACUGAGCUGUAGGAACAGGCUGUGCCUUUUGAAGCGCUGUCUGUUUACAAUGAAGUUGCAGUCUCCAGAAUUCCAGUCGCUGUUCACGGCAGGAUUGAAGAGCCUGGCAGAAUUAUUUGUGAAAGAAAAUCAUGAAUUAAGAAUAGCAGGAGGAGCGGUGAGGGAUUUAUUAAGUGGAAUAAAGCCUCAAGAUGUGGAUUUUGCUACCACCGCUACCCCCGCUCAGAUGAAGGAGAUGUUUCAGUCUGCCGGCGUUCGCAUGAUCAACAACAAGGGGGAGAAGCACGGCACAAUCACUGCCAGGCUUCAUGAAGAAAAUUUUGAAAUUACUACACUGCGGAUUGAUGUUGUCACUGAUGGAAGACACGCUGAGGUAGAAUUCACAACUGAUUGGCAGAAAGAUGCUGAACGCAGAGAUCUGACUAUAAAUUCUAUGUUUUUAGUGCAGCCAGACUUGGAUCUUUGCCUUGUGAUAGAAAUGUGGAAAAUGCUACUUCAAAGAUUUAUAUUAUUUUGUUUUGAUGGUACCUUACUUGACUAUUUCAACGGUUAUGAAGAUUUAAAAAAUAAGAAAGUCAGAUUUGUUGGACAUGCUAAACAGAGGAUACAAGAAGAUUAUCUUCGAAUUUUAAGAUAUUUCCGGUUUUAUGGGAGAAUUGUAGACAAGCCUGGUGACCACGAUCCUGAGACUUUGGAAGCAAUUGCAGAAAAUGCAAAAGGCUUGGCUGGAAUAUCAGGGGAGAGAAUUUGGGUGGAACUGAAAAAAAUCCUUGUUGGUAACCAUGUAAAUCAUUUGAUUAACCUCAUCUAUGAACUUGAUGUGGCUCCUUACAUAGGCUUACCUGCUAAUGCAACUUUAGAAGAAUUUAACAAAGUCAGUAAAAAUGUUGAAGGUUUUUCACCAAAGCCAAUGACCAUCUUGGCCUCAUUAUUCAAAGUACAGGAUGAUGUCACAAAAUUGGAUUUGAGGUUGAAGAUUUCAAAAGAAGAGAAAAACCUUGGUAUAUUUAUAGUCAAAAACAGAAAAGAUUUAGUAAAAGCAACAGAUAGUUCAGAACCAUUGAAACCCUAUCAAGACUUCAUUAUAGAUUCUAGGGAAUCUGAUGCAAUGACCCGUGUGUGUGAACUCCUGAAGUACCAAGGAGAGCACCGUCUUCUGGAGCAAAUGCAGCAGUGGUGCAUUCCUCCAUUUCCCGUGAGUGGCCACGACAUCAGGAAAGUAGGCAUCUCUUCAGGAAAAGAAAUUGGGGCUCUGUUGCAGCAGUUACGAGAACAGUGGAAAAAAAGCGGUUACCAAAUGGAGAAAGAUGAACUCCUAAGUUACAUAAAGAAGAGUGAAAAUUGAGGAGAGCUGGUACUACAUAGCGGGACAUUUUUGGUAAAACUAGUUUUUCUCCCCCUCCCUCUUCCUGAGCUUUAAGAGACUUGAAUAUAUCGCAGAAUAAAAGCCAGCAUAGAGGGCCUCUUCAGAUGAGUAAAGGUCUUAUUUUGUGAAAUGAGUAAGUAAACAGAAACCUACCUCCUCUCAGAUUUAUAUCACUGACCUUGUGAUUCUUUUGGAGUAGUUCCUACUGCAAAUAGUAUACUUGGUUUCACCUCUCCUAAUCUGUCUAGGCUUCCUUUUGUUUUUGGUGUAGUGCGUUACUGAUUGAUCUUAAAAAGUUGUACCUGUUGAUAAAAGUGUUUCUUAAUGUUUGUAAUUGAAAUACCUGCAUUAUUUUAUCAUUGUUCUGUAAUCCAGGUAAGAACUGAAACUUAGAAAAGUGUGUUGAUACUUUUGUUGUCAUAAUUUAUGCAUGCUAAGCCUGAGAAAGAUUGGCUUGACAGUUAUUCUUGAGCCUAUUUUAAUAAACAUUCCCUUUGGAAUUGUAAGAUAAAUGUGUGUAUGAUAUAUGACAGUAUCUAUCUGUCUGUGUAUAUCAUGAUUAAUGAUGGUCAGCGUUAAUUUUUUAAAGCUGUGGCCUACAUUAAAAUGUCCAUGAACAGGCUUAUA